AUGGCCGAGAAGAAUAAUAGUUGUAGCUCAUUUUCCAUGGGAAAAUCUGCACAAGAGAGGGGACUUCCCUAUGUCCCCAAAUGCUACAAGGCGCAGCCUUUCGAUGGUUCGAAAACCGAUGCCCACGUUUUCGAUGUUCCGACGAUCGACAUGGCGGGUAUCCAAGAUCUCACGGGUAGAUCCGUCAUCGUCGACCAGAUUGUGAAUCACGGGAUAGAAGAAGCAACGAUAGAAGGGGCUCUGUCAGUGGCCUCGGGUUUCCUUAAUCUAACGACCGAAGAAAAGGCGAAAUACAUGUCCAACGACGUCCACAAGCCGGUGAGGUACGGCACGAGCAUCAAAGAUGGAGUGGAUAAGGUCCAGUUUUGGAGGAUAUUUCUCAAGCACUAUUCCCACCCUCUCAAUCAGUGGAUUCAUAUGUGGCCAGAUUCCCCUCUUGAUUAUAAAGAAAAAAUGGGUAAAUACGUAUCGGAGCUUGAAAUGGUUGCGCAGAAGACUGCGAGGCUAAUAACCGACUCCGUUGGGUUGUGGCCGACCUACUUGAAAAAAGAAAUCGACAACGGAAUGCAAGUAAUGGCGGUCACUGGCUCUCCUCCGUGCCCGGAGCCGGAGCUUGCCCUGGGCCACCCGGCCCACUCGGACUACUGUGGCCUGACGCUUCUCCUCCAGGACUCUCCGGGCCUACAAAUCCUGGACUCCGACACCAACACCUGGAUGUUGGUGCCGGUCGUCCAGGGGGCUCUCCAGGUCCUCGUCGGGGACCAGGUCGAGGUCCUCACCAACGGCCGCUACAAGAGCGUUGUGCACCGCGUGGUCCUCAGCUCCAACCAGCCCCGGAUCUCCAUCGCCGGCCUCCACAGCCUCGGGAUGGACGUCCAGGUCCAGCCUCCCCCGGAGAUGGCCGACGCCCACCGCCUCGGCCGGUAUAGGCAGAGCAGCUUCCAUGACUUUCUCGAUUUCAUAUCCAAGAAUGAUCUUGGACAGGGGAGUUUCCUCGACAUGCUCAAGAUUGACCAACCGAAUUGA